AAAAAAAAAAAAAAGAAGGGAGAGAGAGAGAAAGAAAGAAAGAGAGAAAAGUUGAAAGAUGUUUGGCAUUUGUACUUCCUCUCUUCGUCUUCUCUUUCCGUCGCAACUCCAAACACCAAAAUCGCGAUAACUUUCAAAAAGCUAGAGACAUAGAUUCUAGGGUUUUUUCACACACUUCGUUCUAAUCUAAUUUCGAUUAUUAGAAAAUGGAAGGAGUCAGCAAUGGAGGGAUGUUGUACCAUGAGGUGCAAGAGGCCAAGCUUUGCGCCGUACAUUGCGUUAACACGGUGUUGCAGGGACCCUUUUUCUCCGAAUUUGAUUUGGCGGCGCUCGCUUCGGAUCUUGAUUGCAAGGAGCGCCAGAUGAUGCAAGAGGGCGGCGCUUCCACUGGUGAUUUCCUCUCCGCUGAAUCCCACAAUGUCUCCUUGGGCGGAGACUUUAGUAUACAGGUUGUACAAAAGGCUUUAGAAGUGUGGGAUUUGCAAGUCAUUCCCCUUAGCAGUCCAGUUGCAGAGCCUGCACAGAUUGACCCUGAUCUAGAAAAUGCAUUUAUUUGUCAUUUACAUGAUCAUUGGUUCUGUAUAAGGAAAGUGAAUGGAGAGUGGUACAACUUUGAUAGUCUUUAUGCUGCUCCAGAACACCUGUCUAAGUUUUACCUUGCAGCCUACCUGGAUUCUCUGAAGAGCUCUGGCUGGAGUAUUUUUUUGGUGAGAGGAAGCUUCCCAAAAGAGUUUCUCAUAUCAUCAUCUGAAGCUUCUAAUGGGUAUGGGCAGUGGCUAUCUCCUGAAGAUGCUGAGAGGAUUACCAAAUCAUGCAACUCGGCUCCAGAUUCUCAAAGAAUCAGUGCGACCCGACAGCAUUCUGACCUAGCUGAAGACAUGCUUACUGAUUUUGAAGAUGAAGACUUGAAAGCUGCAAUAGCUGCCAGCUUGAUGGAUUCUUCCCAAGCCAAGGCUAGUGUUGAAGCCGGAAGCACUGCAAAUGAUAAUAAAGAAGGGGAAGAAAAGAAUGCAUAAUAAGAACUGCUACUUUGAGAUAAUAUUUAUCAGUUGUAACACUGAUCCAUGUCAGCUAGGAUCUUUAGCCAACAUCCUUUGCAGUUGACAAUUGACUGAAAUGUGUAGCAUAUACAUUCAUUACACUUCCCCAUACUUAUUACACCCAAGUGACAUAAAAACUCUCUAAGAAACGA